AACCCUAGCCUCUUUCUGAAACAGCAAUGCCGCCGAAGUUCGAUCCCAGCCAAGUAGUGGACGUCUAUGUCCGCGUGACCGGCGGCGAAGUCGGUGCGGCCAGUUCCCUCGCUCCGAAGAUCGGACCUCUCGGUCUUUCCCCGAAGAAGAUCGGUGAAGAUAUCGCCAAGGAGACCGCCAAGGAUUGGAAGGGACUCCGCGUGACGGUGAAGCUCACUGUUCAGAACCGUCAAGCCAAGGUCACGGUGGUCCCCUCUGCCGCGGCGCUCGUAAUCAAGGCGCUCAAGGAGCCGGAGAGGGACCGGAAGAAGACCAAAAACAUCAAGCAUAGUGGCAACAUCAGCCUCGAUGAUGUGAUUGAGAUUGCCAAGGUGAUGAGGGGUAGGUCCAUGGCUAAGGAUUUGAAAGGGACAGUGAAGGAGAUUUUGGGCACAUGCGUCUCCGUUGGAUGCACCGUCGACGGAAAGAACCCCAAGGACUUGCAACAGGAGAUUGCUGAAGGUGAGGUGGAGGUGCCACUCGAUUGAGAACUUAUUUCUUAGAUUACUCGUUACUCAGUCUCUUGUUUUGUAUUUUUUUUUUUUUUAAAACGAAAUUUUUGAAGGGAUUUUCUGUGUUUUACUAGAUAUUUGGACAAUCACGAAUGCCUUAAUUUAUAAAUGUGGUCUCAUUUCUUAUAUUUUUUUCCCUUUUAAUAGAUUUUUUGAUAUUCUGAAUGAAUAUUUGGGUAUCCUAUUCUAUAUAAUCUAUAACUAAACUCUUUUGAGUUUUGACACUCUUGUUUUAUGGGUUGACUCAAGGAUUGUUUUAUUGCUUGUGAUCUGCUUCAUUAUCACUUCCACUCAUGGUUAGCCAUUUAUCAUGUGUGCAUUUCUAGCCUAAGUAUUCUUGAAUGCAUUUUUGAAAUCCCAUAUGUAAUUUCUUCCAUUCCCAAACGAAAGUUUGGAAUCAGAUAUGCGGGUCUUAGGUCUAGAUUCAUUCCUUUUUCUACUGAUGGCAUGAUCAUAAGGUCUUCACAUCACAUGACACCUUUCUGCGCUGUUGGUUAUCUGAUGUUAAGCUGGCAAUCUAGGCAUGGUCAUAAAGAGUUGUCUAAUGU